UUAAGCUAGAGCCAGGAAUAAGCAUGCCCCACCCUGACAUGGAAAUUGUUGAAAAAAUGUUGUACAACAUUGAUGAUGCUUUGGCUGACGUUGAUGUCAGAGGGGGUGGUGUCUUUAAGGCAUUGACAGCAGCUAGAUUUCCUUUUCUUGAAGAAGCAUGCUUAAGCGUUAACCAUGUGAAAAUGGAAGCUAAUGCCAUGUACUCGCCAUCAUACACUGUCGACGGCACAUUUCAAGUUUUUUAUGUUGCUAGAGGCACCGGCCGCGUCCAGGUUGUGGGGACUGGUGGUAAGCGUGUCCUGGACACCAAAAUACAGGCUGGUCAAUUACUUGUUGUGCCAAGAUUCUUCGCGGUUGCUCAGAUUGCUGACGGUGAAGGAAUGGAGUUUGUUUCCAUUCUCCCUGGUACAAGCCCGGCUGUUGAAGAGUUUGCGAGCAAGAAAUCAGUGUGGAAUCCUUUAUCUCCAAUAGUUUCACAAGUUUCUCUAAGCGUGACUCUAGAGUUUGAGGAAUUUUUCAGGUCCAAUAUGCAAAAGACCACUAUUCUUGUCCCGCCCACUAAUUAAAUAUGAAAAAUUAAUAUUAAUGUUUGUGUACGAGCAUCUCCCCUUAUGGUUGAUCAAGUUGUAAUGAAUAAUAUGUUGAGGUGCUAGAUAGCACCAUCAGCAAGGGUGGAACGACCA